AUGUCUCAAUUUACCAAACGAAAGCAUGUUUUCAAGGAAGUUCAUGAAGAGUAUGUUUUGCCAGAUGAGAGAAAUAGAAUUGCAAAAGUGCUGGCGGCCAAUUUAGGCAACAACUUGCACAGAGUACAGUUGGAUGGCGGGGAGGUAUUUCUGGCCAGCAUGCCUAAAAAAUUCAGAAAUAAUAUCUACAUCAAGAAAGACGACUUUGUGCUAAUUACCCCGAUAGCAGAAGGGGAUAAGGUCAAAGGGGAAAUAGCCACCAUUUUGUUAAAACCACAAAUACGAUAUAUAGCGGAGCAGAAUUUAUGGUUAGUCAGUUGGUGGAUUGAUUGA